UCGGUGACAGUAGACAUUAUGGACAGAAGACAUACCAUUGCGUAUUUAAUUGUCUCUUUACUGUUAAUCGGUAAGGCGAGCGCCGUUAAUUACGUAAACAACUUAGACGCUGAGUUUUUCUUCGAGUGUCCCAAUCCAGAUGAGUUUGUGAGUCAUAUGGAAAGUGUCCACGACAACGGUGCAGAAGACAGGAGGUUUGCGUUCUCCUGUAAAAAGGUGACGUCUAAUGGAGAGUUGCAUGCUGGCGUACACUGCUUGCAAAAAUCAGGGUAUCAGAACACGUACGACCAUCUGCUAGCUUUCCAGUGCAGCGACAACUCCUUUAUCAACGGCAUGGGAAGCAGACACGAUAACGGUGCCGAGGACCGUAUAUGGCAGUUCAAAUGCUGUGACAUACCGGGCAUCCACAUGGAUGACUGCAAAUACACGGAUUGGACAAACGAAUUGGACCAACCCCAAACGUUCAACGCCGAAAAUGGUUAUGUAACGCGAGGUGUCGUUUCUGAACACGACAAUGGCGCAGAGGACCGACGCUACAAGUUCGAGAUAUGCUUACCAAUGGCCGGUGAGACAGCACCUGUCGUGGGAUGAUACGAAUAUUUAAGGUUUACAGCGGUGAAUGAUUUCUUCCGGUGGCUAAUCAAAAGUCGACCUUUCUUUUGAUUGUACAUAAGAUCAAAAUGAACACUAUCUUAAUUUGGUAUGACUUCCUAACUUUGUAUCAAUCUAAAUGACUAAUGGAAACAUUAAAAUAAAGAAUGGAGAGAAAUUG